UUGAGGAGAAGGAGAGAGAGUUGCAGAGAGAGAGAGAGAGGAGGAGGAGAGAUCAGAUGGGAAUAAUAAAGAGCUGCUUCUCCCUGUUGACGGGUGUUGCUUUCGGCGUGUACUUGGCUCAGAAUUACAACGUACCCAACAUCAGGAAGCUCACAAACACCAGUCUCGUCGUCGCCAAGCACAUCGAGGAGAACUAUCGCAAACCCAAGAAGGACGACGUUGAAUGAUUCGGUGAUCAUGUAGAGACAGGGAGGUGGUGGCUCCAAGCAUGGUUUUGAUUUCUCACUAGGAAGUUGAUUUAACUUCAAAAGGUUUGAUUGUAUUUUGACAUGUUCUGGAUCCAUUGAAGUUGUCAGUGGGACUCUAAUGGUCUCUUCAAUUCUUGUUUUAUUUAUACUGAUUUAAACACAGCUCUCACUGUACAUGUCAUGAUCAUAUAAUCUUUUUGUUUCUUUGGAUUUUUGUUUCUUUGGCAAGAUGUAAUAACCACAAACCCUUCUGAAUAUCUUGUUUGAUUAAAGGAUUAUUGAUUUUCUGAGA